AUGCGCUUCUCACUCUCCGGCGUCUUGGCCGGCGCCCUGGUCGGCAGCAUCGCCGGCGUCUCGGCCAUCCCCCAGCAAGCCUCGCCGGCCGCAACCUCCGUCUCAUCAUCAUCAUCGCCGGCAUCGCCAUCCCAGACCUCGUCGUCGUCGUCGUCCAACUCGUCGCAGGUCUGCAACAACUCGCCCGUGCUGUGCGACCGCCACUACAACGACAUCACCUACAUGGGCGCCCACGACAGCGCCUUUCUCCGCGACGACAGCACCGGCAACUCCAUCGCCGGCAACCAGUUCUUCAACGCCACCGACGCCCUCGACGCCGGCCUGCGGCUGCUGCAGGCGCAGGUCCACAACGAGAACGGCACGUUGCGCCUGUGCCACACCUCGUGCGGCCUCCUCGACGCCGGGCCGCUGGAGAGCUGGCUCGCCCUCAUCAACGACUGGGUCGUCGGCCACCCCUCGGACGUCGUCACCCUCCUGCUCGUCAACUCGGACAACGUCGAUUGGCCCAGCCUGCGCGCCAUGAUUGCCAACAACACCCGCGUCGUGUCCUUUGUCACCAACAUCAAGGCCUCGACCGCGAGCCCGUACCUGCUGCCCGAGUUCGACUACGUCUUCGAGACGCCCUUCACCGUCCUCUCGCUCGACGGCUUCAACUGCACCGUCGACCGGCCCUCGGACGCGGGGCCCUCGGCCUCCCACGCCUUCGCCCAGGGCUUCAUGGGGCUCGUCAACCACUUCAAGGACUCGGAGAUCACGGCGGGCAUCAACAUCCCCGACACGGGCAACAUCACCCUCGUCAACAGCGCCGACACGUCCGCGACGGGCGAGCUGGGCCAGCACAUCCAGCAGUGCAACGGCGAGUGGAGCCACCGCCCGAGCUUCGUCCUCGUCGACUUCUGGGACAAGGGCUCGACGGUCAAGGCCGCCGACGACAGCAACGGCAUCAGCCAGGCGACGGGGCGCACCAACGUCACGGACAGCAGCGACAGCGACUCCUCGGCGGACGGGACGAACCAGACGCGCGAGUUUGGGACGGGGGCGCUGAUUGCCUUUUUGGCGGCGACGCUGUUGAUGAUUUAG